UGCAGGUUAUUUAUACCUCCAGGGAAGGUAAUCACUCAGGUGUUCAGUCCGGCAUCACUGGAGUGGAAAUCUCAGCAAACCAUUUGCAUUCAUUUGGCUCCUUUUAGAACUGGCUUGAUCAACUUUGGGCAGGACUGGGCUAAGCCAGGUUGGGAGAAGUAUUGGCUGUGUGCGAACUGUCAGAGUGACAGGAGCUUUCACCUGAAGCCUGUCUGAGUAAAGAGACCCUCUUUCAUACCUGGAUAACUUUUACCUUCCAUCUGACGGACAUGGCCGAGGAUAAAACUUUUCGCUAUGGGCUCAUUGUACUGGGAUUUUUCAUGAUCAUGAUUGGCAUGUUCAUUAUGAGUGCGGAUAAGCCUAACAUAUACAUCACUUUCUGCAGUAUAGGGGUCUUACUGAUAUUUAUUGGAAUCACAUGGAGCAUCUGUCAGUGCUACCCAAAGAUCACCUUUACUCCUGUGGAUAUGGAAGCUGUACCUUUGGCAGAGAAGUCCGAUCUUUCAACUCCAACCAAGCAGUGGUGUACCACAGCUUACACAAGCAAGGAAGAGGCGGCGCGCUAUGAGGCUACCUUGCCUUCUUAUGAACAGAUUCAGAUUAAGGUGGAGGAACUUGGCGAACCUCAAGGAAACCAGUCGGCACCUUUUCCACAGACUGUGCUGGUAGAUAUUUCACAGCCAAAGUUACAGGCCAAGGUGGAAGUACACAGGAAUUCAAUUGGUAAAGAAGAACAUGCAGUCGUAGAAGCCAAUUGCCAGUCUGCCCCUCUUGCCUGUCUAAAAGAAGAGACCACGGUAACAACAUCGGAUAAGACAAGCACGGGAAGUAGUGCAUCCUCUCUUCAUAGCUGUGAGGACUGGCAGCCACAGAAGCAUGAUGUCGCUGUGCAGUUUGGAGGACCCCUCUGUGGAGAUGGAUUUCAUCUUAUAGAUGGUCCUGCAUGUGAUGGAAUAGGGAUGAUUGAUGCACCAUUUUGUGAAGCCAUCCACCCACACAUGGAUCAAGAAGGUCUAUUUAUCUCCAACCACAAUGAUGAUAACGCUGGUGAAGAAGGAGCAAGGGAUACCUCCCUUACUCAGGGAGCUGCACAAGACCAUGAAGCAGAUGACCUUUAUUAUGGAAUGAAAGAUGAAACUGAAAAUCUAAUUAAGGAGUUUGAUUCUGAUUUUGAACACUAGCAUUAUCAUGAUUUCUGAUUCCGAGAUGAGAUAAAAAACACGACAUGGAGUAUAAAACCGAGGGAACAGUCUAUAUUGUCUAUAGCAACAAGCCAGAAUCCAGCUGUCUGUUUUAAGUAAAGGUUACAAAAAUGAAAGAAGGCAUCUAAAGGGUUGCUAAUGACAACACAGAUCUUUUUGUCUAGUUGUGUCAGAAUCUGAACCAGACCAGUCCAGUGUUAAAAGAAAUAUUGAAGAUUAAUGUAUCCACUGUAUUAGGGCUGUAUUGUAAGUUGUUUCUCCUCUAUUGUUUUCUCAUCUAGAAUACAUUUCAAUCUCUUUUAUUUAUUUUUUUAAUUGUAUUUUAUAAAGUUUUAGACAUUACAAAACAUGGUUAAUGCAGUUAAAAACGUUUCUGCCCAGGCUCUAUAAAGGAAACAAAAGCCUCACCCCACUUUGUUAUUCCGUAACAAUUGCCAGUUGUCAUGAGAUAAUCAGAUUGUACUGUAGUUUACUACAAACAGGACACAUCUGGCCAAUGUAACAAUGUAUAGCUGAAUUGAAUAUCUGAUUAGUUAGUCAGAGAAAUCGUAAUACAUUAUAAAUGAGUGUAAACAAAGUGGCUAGUGAGAAUAGCUAGAAAAAAUAUAAGAAAUGACAUGGGGUUUCCCCCAUAAUUCAUACCAGGCCAUUUAGGUCUAUAUGGAUUUUAAGGGGUACUUCAAGCAAAGGAAAAAGAAAACGUAUGGGGUUCCUCCAAAAUCUA